AUGGCCCCGGCUAAGCGCGCUGACGCGGUGCGGGCCGGAGGGGCCCAGGCGCCGGGCGGGCCGGCCGGACGCCUCGGAUUCAAGAAGCGGCAGCAGCAGCAGCGGACAUGGCGGGCGAACUCGCGGCAUGUUUUCUCCGGCAGCGUCCACGAAGGACAAGGAUUUGCAUUUCAGAGGAAACAAAAGAUUCAGCAAGAGUACAAGAAAUUGCUGAGGAAAGAAAAAAAGGCACAAAUUUCACCAGAGUCUCAGUUUACAGAAAGAUAUCCAGAGCAUUUAAAACAUCUGUAUUUAGCUGAAGAAGAAAUGCUCAGGAGACAGCGUAAAAAAGAAAAACAACCUUUGCCAGAAGAAGAAUGUAGCACGACAGUGAACCCUAUUAUCACUCCAAAAAGAAAUAAGAAAAAAACAUCGAACCAAAAGGCAAAAGAAGAGUAUGAACGGGUACAAGCUAAGCGUGCUGCUAAGAAACAGGAGUUUGAGAAGAGAAAGCAAGAAAGAGAAGCAGCGCAGCAGCGCUACAAAAAAAAGAAAAUGGAAGCAUAUAAAGUGCUGAGCAAAAGGACUAGAAAAGGCCAACCAGAUCUGAACUUACAAAUGGAGCAUCUUCUAAGGAAAAUACAGGAGAAAACAUAAAAUGUAUUGUGUCCUUUGAUGCGCAUUAAAAUAUAUUUUAUAUUGUCUAUGGAUUCUUUUGAAUCAGUUAAUAUACUUCUUUGUUAUUUGCAAUUUUGUGCUCUUUGUGUAACAACAGACCAAUUCAAGCACAUUGGAAGUGUUUUUAUUUUUGCAGAGAACAUUUUAAAAAUGCUAUAAUUUUUUUAUUGCUUGAUGGUUACUUCUUAAAGAAGAUUGAUCUACUGAAUUAAAACAUUCUGUUGAAAUGAA